AUGGGAGACAAAGACACUGCCAGUAACUAUGUAUUUGCUGAUUCAAAAAUUUACUACAGUACUGGUUCCAAUAGUUUCAAUGCUUCUAAUGCUAGACAAGUCAGGAGUUUUGCGAUGUCACAUAUGUCAAAUAAUCAGCAAAAAACGGCUUGUCCUAGUGAUAGAACAACUCGUAAACGAAGAGCUUCUCAUGAAGAAACAAAACGACUUUUAUUAGAACAAGAGGAUACUGAUGGUGAUUUUCAAAUAACUAUACAUGAUUCUGGUCCAAAGACUAUAUCUGUUGGUACUGCGGAUUCUGAUGGUUAUAGAAAAUUCGAAAUUCGUGGUACUUAUCAACUUAGUAACCUCUUACAAGAAUUGGCUCUUGCUGCUGGACAUGGUAGAAAACAUGUUGUAUUAGAUGAAGCUAGAUUAAAUGAGAAUCCUGUUGAUCGUUUAUCUCGUAUGAUAAGAAAUCUUUUUUGGGAUGGUUUAACAAGAAGGAUUGAUGCUGAAGGUUUAGAGGCUAUUUGUGCUGAUCCAAAAAAUAGAACUGCUGAUCAUUCUCCAAGAAUAUAUAUACCUUAUGGAGAAGUUGAAACUUUUUCUUAUUAUAAAUUAGUCGCUGAAACUCGUCCUCAUUUAAAAUUAGAAGUGGAAAUGCUUCCAAAAGAUAUAACACCUGAAUAUGUAAAAAGUAUAAAUGAUCGACCCGGUAUUUUAUCUUUAGCAAUGCGUAAACAUAUUGAUGAUCAAAAAAAUGUUACUUUUAAAGGUGUUCCAUUCAUUGUUCCAGGUGGCCGAUUUAAUGAAAUGUAUGGUUGGGAUUCUUAUUUUGAAAUUUUGGGUUUAGCUGUUGAUACAAGAAUUGAUAUGGCAAAAGGAAUGGUAGAUAACUUUGUUUAUGAGAUUACUCAUUAUGGAAAGAUUUUAAAUGCCAAUAGAAGUUAUUAUUUAACUCGUUCACAACCUCCUUUUUUCACUGAUAUGGCUAUAAAAGUUUAUGAAAGAUUAACUGAUGAAGAGGAAUCAAAGAAAGAAUGGCUUAAAGUUGUUGUUCGUGCUGCCAUAAAGGAAUAUCGUACUGUUUGGAUGAGUAAGCCACGUUAUGAUCCUAUAACAGGACUUUCUAGAUUUCAUCCUACUGGUCUUGGUAUUCCACCAGAAACUGAAGCAAGUCAUUUUGAUCAUGUUAUUCUACCAUAUGCUAAACGUCUUGGUUUGACUAUUAAAGAAUAUGCUGCAAAGUAUCAAGCUCUUGAAAUUCAAGAACCUGAAUUAGAUUCAUAUUUUUUACAUGAUCGAGCCGUUCGUGAAUCUGGACAUGAUACAACAUAUAGAUUUGACAAGCGAUGUGCAAAUCUUGUUACUAUCGACCUUAAUAGUUUAUUAUAUAAGUAUGAAGUUGAUAUUGGAGAGAUAAUUAGUAAAAUUUUUGAUGAUAAUUUAGAAAUAGAUGGUAUUAUUGAAACUAGUGAACCUUGGUUUGAAAGAGCCUUAGCUCGUAAAGAAAAAAUUAACAAAUAUCUCUGGAAUGAGGAAAAAUGUCUGUAUUAUGAUUAUGAUAUUUCGCAACAAAAACAAUCAAUAUAUGAAUCUGUCACAGCUUUUUGGGCACUUUGGGCCGGCUGUGCUAGUCAAGAACAAGCAGAAAAAUUAGUGAAAGUGUCUCUUCCUAAAUUCGAAGUUCUUGGUGGUCUCGUUAGUGGUACAGAAGACUCUCGUGGCUCAAUUACACUAGACCGGCCAAACCGACAAUGGGAUUAUCCCUUUGGAUGGGCCCCACAUCAGAUAAUGGCAUGGCGUGGUUUAGAAAAUUAUGGUUUCAUGUCAGAUGCUCGAAGGUUAGCGUAUCGUUGGUUAUUUACCAUUACAAAAUCAUUCGUAGAUUUUAACGGUGUUGUUCCAGAGAAGUAUGAUGUGGUUACAUUAAGUCAUUUGCUUAAAGUAGAAUACGGGAAUGUGGGUGUGGAUUUCAAAUUUGUACCACGGGAAGGGUUUGGUUGGAUGAAUGCUUCAUAUCAAGUCGGGUUAUCCUACCUAACAAGUCAUAUGAGAAGAGCUUUGGGAGCCUGUACAAGUCCUGAAGUUUUCUUUAAGCAUAAAAUUGCAAGAGACGUUCCUGCUGUACCCUUAGAAAAUACUUCUAUUACGGAACAUAAACGACUCAAAGCACUUGUUCUUGAGAUUGAUCAAAAUUUAUCAUCAGUAUCUGAUUCAAGCACAUUGGAUUCAACGGUCAUAAAAGAUGAUACGCUACCGGUAAAG